AACGAGCAAGGAUCAGAAGAGCAAGAUGAUCCGGCCGAAGCAGAAAUGCAUUCAUCCAGAAUGAGUAAGUUAAAUUACCUCUUGCAAAGGUCACAAAUUUACUCCAAGAUCAUGUCUGAAAAGAUGCAAAAAGAGAAAGAACAAAGAGUGCAAAAAGAACGCAGACAACAAGAGGCAGCAUCCAAAGAGGACACGAAGGGCGAAGAAGAGGAAGAACCAAAAGCAAAACGUUCAACACGAUCUGGCGGUGCAGAAUCACGAUCAUCCAAACAGAAAGCACAACCGAAAUCACCACAAAAGGUGAAGAGAAAAAAUGAAGAUCAAAAGUAUAACAUCUCUGAUUAUCUUGAGCAAGAUGACAUCCAAAAGAAUGGUACGGAUAGCAAAGCUGCAACUGGUCAAAACGCUGAUCUUGUUACCACAUCAUUCAAACAACCAAAAAUGAUCACAGGAGCCACUUUGCGAGACUAUCAAUUGUACGGUGUCGAAUGGCUGAUUGGAUUGUACGAGAAUGGAUUGAAUGGAAUAUUGGCAGAUGAGAUGGGAUUGGGCAAGACGUUGCAGACAAUCUCAUUCAUUGCUCAUCUCAAAGAGAAGAAGCAAUGGGGUCCAUAUCUAGUCGUCUGUCCUGCUUCAACACUUCAAAAUUGGAUGGACGAAAUUGCUCGAUUUGCACCCGAAUUGAAAGCGUUGAUGUACUACAAUUCCGACAAGAAAGAAAGACGAAAUUGGAUCAAUCAAUAUUCCCGAGAUCCAAAAACUGAUAAAGAAAAGAUGGAUUUUCCCAUCUUUGUCACGAGUUACGAGAUCGCAAUUAAUGAUGCACGUUUACUCGGAGGUUUGCGUUGGAAGUUCAUCAUUGUUGAUGAAGGACAUCGAUUGAAAAAUCGUAACGCUCGUUUGACCAGGGAGCUGAAGACAUACAACAGUGCCAACAGAUUGAUUCUUACCGGAACGCCUGUCCACAAUAAUCUCGCAGAACUUUGGUCUUUGCUCAAUUUUGUCUUGCCGGACAUUUUUGAUAAUCUGGAAGAGUUUGAGGGUUGGUUUGACUUUAGCGAUUUACAAUCAGAAGGAGGAUCUGCUCGAUUAUUAUCACGCGAACAAUCACAAAAGAUUAUUUCAACUUUACGUGAUAUCUUGGAUCCCUUUAUCUUGCAACGUGAAAAGAAGAAUGUCGAGAAAGAUUUACCGCCAAAGAAAGAGUACAUGCUUUAUGCACCUCUUACACAACAGCAAAAAGAGUUGUACGAAGAAGUUCUCAACAACAGCAUUCGUGCCAAAUUGACGGAAAUGAUGACUGGCAUGACCUGGGAGCAGAUCAAAGAAACUGGAAAGUUGACAGCAGGAGAAGGAUGGGAUGAACCGUUGCGACAUGUGGGUGGAUCGGACAAAAAGCAAAAGCGCAGCCGAAAAAGCAUACAGCAGAGCGACACACCUAACGGUAAAAGGAACAGAGAAGAAUCUACCGAAGAAGAAGCGCAAAAGAAACCACGUAAAGCUCGUCGCAGUCGUCAAGAUGGGAAUGCGUACAAUGAAGAAGAUGAAACUGAGAAACAAUUCAUGGACAGGAUGGAAAGAGGUGAUGAUCAAACACCCGUCAAAUCACUCUCAAAGAGAAGCAGCCGUGGAGGAACACAAACACCGCAAGAGAACGGCGCAGGUUCAUUCUCUGUGGGCGAUAUCGAACGUCAAAGCAAGGAACAUCUAGUCAAACAGGCUCAAAAGGAUAUCUCAAACAUGCACCUUCAAAAUCCAAUCAUGCAAUUACGUAAAGUGGCCGCCCAUCCAUUUUUGCUUUAUUGGCCAAGAGAUCCUACAAGCGGUGAAUUGAUUGCCAACGAAGAUUUGAUCUACGCAAGUGGAAAGAUGAUGAUGCUGAACAGGCUGCUGGAUGCAUUAUGGUCGAAGGGACAUAAAGUCUUAUUGUUCAGUCAAUUCACUACGAUGCUUGAUAUCUUGGAAGAGUGGUGUGUCGAUUACAAGGGCGUGACACCUUUCCGAAUCGAUGGAACGGUAAGCGUUCAAGAACGUGCUAAUUUGAUGAAAGAGUUCAACACAAACAAAGGUCCAGAUGCAUGCAAGAUCUUUUUGUUGAGUACACGUUCAGGUGGUUUAGGCGUGAACUUGGUAGCGGCAGACACAGUCAUCUUUUACGAUACCGAUUGGAAUCCCCAAGUGGAUAGACAAGCACAAGAUCGAGCACAUCGAAUUGGUCAAACGAAACCCGUUCUUGUAUUCCGAUUGAUCACAAGAGAUACAGCCGAAGAAAGGAUUGUGAAAAGAGCGUUUGCAAAACAAGAAUUGUCUACAUUGGUCAUGUCUGGUGAUCAAUUCAGUAAACAAACCAGUGCAGCAGCAUCUGCAUUUGCAAAAGGAAGAGUAGGAAAAGCGAAUUCUUCAAGGGUAGAAGAAUGGACAGCUUUGUUGGAUGAGCUGAAAAGCGAAUCUGUUCAAUUUGAAAUUGCCGACAAAAAGAGUCAAAUGAUAUCUGAUGAGCAUCUAGACAUGUUGUUGGAUCGUAGACCUCACGUAUUUGAGAAACGUAAAACAGGUUGGAACCAGAAU